CAUUCACAAAUUUGUGCCUCUUUUUAGGCAUCAUGGAUGAUAUAUUGAUUAUUAAAGGCAAAAAGCGUUGGAAUCACAAAAAGAGAAUGAGGCUUAUCCGUCAAUUUUCAUGGAACUAAAUAUCAAUGGCCGGUUGUUGAUUUUUUUUUAUCUUUUUUAACAUUUUUUCAGUCUCCUUGGCCGAAAUGAAUGAUCGUUUGGAAUUCGAUGAGGGUUCCGGAAUAAUGGAAACGAUGUUAAAUGUGGAAGAAUGUCCCGGAAAUGGCUUGAAAUUUUUUACCAUUUCCCUGCCGAAUCCAAGUGGAUGUUAUAUUUUCCAGACCACUGGAUUCAACAAUGGCGGAUAUGCGAAUAAUUCAGGAUCUGUUUUUCCUUCCUACCUUUGCUCUUACACCAUUCAGUUUGUGGUUAAUGUAAAUGGAACGGUGACCGUUAAAGAAAAGGAUUUUCAGUUCCAAGGACCGAACAGUGGUGGAAAUUGCGUGGAUUUUGUAUACAUUUUGGGUGUCAACGAUGAACAAAACGACAAUAGUGACUCCGAUGACCGAGAGUUGGAUGAUGAUGCCCUUGAAUAUUGUGGCACGAUUACAGGAGACAAGAUCCGCGCUUUCUCUAGCACUCAACUUUUCAUUCAAUUAGUCGCUGACAACACAGAGAACGGCAACGGAGCCGAGAUAGUUAUUUGUAUUGAUUAAAAGAGUUGGGGGGGGUCAAAAACCCAAUUCUAUGUUUUUACCGCUUUAUGAACUAUGAAGUGAUUAUUGUGGUUCAUUUGCUUUUUUUUUAUUUUGACCGACUUCAUGGUUUCGAAAAUACAUUCAAUAAAUCCUUUGCAAGGUCCUGUUUCGUGUUCAUGUGAGCGAGCUUUGUGUAAAAAUAAAGAACAGAGAAUCAUUUCAAGAACACAAUUCUUGCCUUUUUGGUCCCUUGGUCUUGUUCAAAACUAAGGAUGGCGAUGGAGUUGGAGUUCGUGUUAAAAGGCUCAUGGAAAGAAUGAAACAUGCACACACA